CUCAAGCUGAUCAAGUCUAUGAUUGCCGCCGGACCUUCCUGAUUCCACCAGACCCUUGUGGCCAUGUUCCGUCGGCAGUUGGCCCAGGAGACCGCCGAGUCCGAGGCAGCCUACCGCGCUGAGACGGAAAGGAUGGCGAGAGGCUUUGUGGCCGCCAAGAUGGAGGAUUUCAUGCAGAAAUGCCAUGAGGCAGCACGGAAGCGGAAGACGUUUAUCCGUGUCGAGUAUCAGAUCGACGAUGUCCUGUUUCGUCGGGAUGAGGCUAGCUGCCGAGAGCUUGUGUUGGAGAUGUUCAAGGGACCCAUGGCCGAGCUGGGAUUUCCUGACGGAGCACGACCACAUCCAGAUUCCAGGUCCAGAUAUCGAGUCUUGUUUUUUUUGGAGGGCAAGUGGGAUGGAGAAGACGUGGCAGCUUGCAGUGAGCCAACCGUUGUGCCUGCGCCUGCAGGCACCCGGAUCACCUGCCCCAUUUGCCACGAGCAUCGUCCCGCCGUGGCCUUGAUCCCUUGCGGCCAUGUGAUUUGCCGUGACUGCCAGAGAUGCCAGCAGAUCCGCCAGUGCCCGAUGUGUCGUGAAGCAACAUCUUCGGCGACACGAGGGCUCUUCAUGGACUGAGGCCGAGGAGGAGGGAAGAUGCCUUUGCAUUUGGAGCUGUGUCAGCAUGUUGGAAGGGCAUUGGGGGAGUUAGCCAUCCUUUGCAUCUGACAAAUGCCCAAAGAGCAGAGGUUGAUUGAUCAGAAUGAUGAUGUAAAAUUCUUUGUUGCCGGUGGGGAAUCUUGAGAGCUGGACGACAAUUUGACUUGGUCGCUUCUUCCAGGAGACCUGCAAGAAGCUGCAUGAAUGAGUAUCACAUCACAUCCCUACAUACUUUAAAAUCCUAGUUCAAAGUCAGAACGUCUCCCUCGGAGGAACUCUGACAUGUCAACUCACACAAAGGCCUGAUGCUGGAGUCUUUCUCUGGCUAUCACACAGGCACUCCCAAGAUCAAUUCAUUGGUGUCCACAAGAGGCAUUGCAUGAAAAUGCAAGAAACCAUAGCAGAGAAGCAACGUGAAAGCAAGAAA